AACGAUCGGCACAAGGGCACUCCCCUGAAACGAAAAUAUCUCUCAUCUACCUACUGGAUUCAGAUACUCACUGGGUAGAUGAGGGACUCGGGAUAGUGGGACUCCGAGCCGUUUUGCACAAAUCUGCUCAUACCGGAGGGAUUUGGCACGGAGCUAACAGACGAAAAGGAGACCCAGGCCUUGCUCUGACACGACUGGCUUCAUUUUCCACAUGGACUAGUAAUCCAUUGACUAAGAGGAACGGAAGAAGGUAAAAUAGGGCAUGCAAAAAAGCGUUUAUCCGGAAUGCUCGCGUGCCAUGUGAGGAUAUAAGAGACCUGUCUGCUCACGACGGCUCAAGUAUCUAUCAUCACCCAAGACACUUCACCAUGAGACCCUUCCUGCUCGCAGGCCUUCUUGCCACCGGCUCCGCUAUCGGGGCCACGGCCUCUAGACAUGCUCACGCUUCCGCACAGAGCGACGCCUACGACUACAUUAUCGUGGGUGGAGGACCGUCUGGUAUCAUCACCGCCGAAAGGCUGGUCGAGGCCAACAAGAAGGUUCUGUUGUUAGAGCGAGGCUAUGGUCCUACUGUGGCUACAGGGGCCAACGACACCCUUAGCUGGAACAAGACCCUGACCCCGAUUGACCUGCCCGGGCUGUCUGCCGAUAUUGGUGCUCUCCCUCAGUGGGAUGAGUACAUCUGUACCGAUACGGCUGGAUAUGCGGCCUGUGUGCUCGGUGGUGGUGUGACCGUCAACUACAUGGUCUUCGUGCACCCUCCGGAUCGCGACUUCAAUGACAAAUGGCCCAAGGGAUGGAAAUGGGACGACGUCAAGUCUGCUGCAGACAGGCUGUACGAGCGCAACCCCGGAACCAUCCUGCCCUCUGCUGAUGGCAAGCGCUACGACCAAGGUCUCUACACCGUGCUCUCCAACUUCUUCAGCAAGCUCGGCUGGAAGUCCGUCGAUAUGAUCACCCAGCCCAACGAGAAGCACGAGGUCUACAGCUACCCUGCCUGGAACAUCAAGGACCAGGUCCGUGCUGGACCUGUUCGCACCUACCUGCCCUUGGCCGAGAAGAGCGACAACUUCCAUCUCCGUCUCGGCACCAAGGUGCUUCGCCUUCUGCGGUCCGGUAGCCAGGUGACCGGCGUGGAGGUGGAGAACGCAUCCGGCGCUCGUGAGAACAUCACCAUUGCCAGCAACGGAAGAGUCGUCCUCUCCGCAGGUGCCCUCUCCACCCCCCGUAUCCUCUUCAACUCCGGCAUCGGACCCAGCUCCCAGAUUGAGAUCGCCGAGGAGAGCGGCGUCACAGUUCCCCCCAAGAAGGAGUGGAUCAACCUUCCCGUCGGUAUUGGCGCCAAAGACCACCCGAUCUUCUCCAUCAUCGUGAAGACCAACGGCACCUACGGCCUGCCCGACUACGACGCCAUCGUGAACGGCUCCGACACCACCGACAUCAGCCUCUACGCCAAGGGCAGCGGUCUCCUCACCGAAGGAAAGCACCGCAUGAUCUUCUUCACCUCGAACGACAUUGACGGCCAGACGCGCUACUACCAAGGCUCCUGUGCCCCCACCGGCACCGAUGAGGUCACUAUCACCGCUUACAUGACCCACGGUCUCACCUCCUCCGGGGUGCUGGGACUGUCCACCGACGGAAGCACCGUCUGGGACGAGAAGCCCUACCUGACCACCGCCGGUGAUCGCGCCGCCGCCACCGCUUUCAUCGAGCAGAUGAUCACCGACCUGACCGACUCCACCGGGUUCACCCUGCAGACCUACACCAACGUCACCCAGAUCCUCGGCAGCGUCAGCCCCGGUAUGCACUACACCACCACGGCUAAGUUGGGCACCGACGAUGGCCGUUACGGCAACGGUACCUCGGUCGUCGACACCAACACCAAGGUCUACGGAACGGACAACCUGUUCAUCGUCGAUGGCAGUAUCCACCCUGACCUUCCCACCGGUAACAUCCAGGCCACUAUCAUGGUUGUGGCUGAGGCGGCUGUUGCUAGAAUCCUUGCUCUGGAGUAAUUUCUCAAUCGGCA